UGUAGAACCAAUUGAACAAUCAAUCAAACAUUUAAUAGAGAAAACAAAAAAGAAAAAGAAAAAACCUUCCUUCAUAUUCUAGAAAUUUAAAAUUCCACUCCAGAUUCCCCAAAUUAUUCCAAUUCCAAUUCCAAUUCAAUGCAGGAAUUGAAACCCUAGCUCACCAUAUAUGAGAGAGCGCUUUUUCAUAAAGAACAGAGCUUUAAUUUUUUUCCCGCAGUAGUAGGAAAAGUAUAAAUCUCUAAUGCAUGUAGCAGUGGAUCUGAAUUCCUACUUGCACUUUGUAUUGACGGCCAUAGUCGUCGUAUUUUCACUCCUCUACCUCGUCAAGACUACCGCCUCCAAGUACUUUCUCGUCGACGACGAGUCUAAUUUUGAUUCUGCUGCUUCGCCGCCGACGGCGAGUUUUGGUGAUCGGAGAAUGGAGGAGCCGCCGACAACAACGCCAGAAGGUUGCGGGGUAUGCGGUAGUAUCACCUCUAAGCAAUGCUCUCGUUGCAAGAUGGUUAAAUACUGCUCUGAAGCUUGCCAAAGAUCUCAUUGGAAUUCUGGGCAUAAAUUCAAAUGCAAGGAUUUUCGGAAAGGCAGUUCUUCUGCAGCUUCGCUGAUACUUGACCAUUCGAAGAAGGUACUUUUCCCAUACAAGGAAUUCUUGGAACUUUUUAACUGGGAUAACCCAGGUUUCCCACCUUGUGGGCUCCUAAAUUGUGGAAACAGUUGCUUUGCGAAUGUGGUUCUACAAUGUCUGACUUACACUAAGCCGCUUGUUGCCUACUUGUUGGAGAAAGGCCACCUGAGAGAAUGUAGGCGGAAUGGUUGGUGCUUCCUUUGUGAAUUUCAACGCCAUGUAGAGCAGGCUAGUCGAAGUCAGAAGCCCUUCUCACCAAUUAACAUACUUUCACGUUUGCCUAAUAUUGGUGGUAAUCUUGGGUAUGGUAAACAGGAGGAUGCCCAUGAAUUUAUGAGGUUUGCUAUUGACACGAUGCAAUCUGUGUGCCUUGAUGAAUUUGGUGGAGAGAAAGCUGUUCCUCCUAACACACAGGAGACAACACUUAUUCAACACAUAUUUGGUGGUCACCUGCAAUCUCAGGUCAUAUGUACAGAAUGCAAUAAUGUUUCAGAUCAGUUUGAGAAUAUGAUGGAUCUGACCGUAGAGAUUCAUGGGGAUGCUGAAUCUUUGGAGGAAUGCUUAAAUCAAUUCACAGCAAGAGAAUGGCUUGAUGGAGAUAACUUGUAUAAAUGCGAUGGAUGCAAUGACUAUGUCAAGGCAUGGAAGCGUCUAAUGGUCAGGAGGGCACCGAAUAUCUUAACAAUUGCCUUGAAAAGGUUUCAGAGUGGUAGGUUUGGUAAAUUGAAUAAGAGGGUGACUUUCCCUGAAACAUUGGAUCUCCAUCGGUACGUGAGCGAAGCAGGAGACGGCAAUAAUAUUUACAAGCUAUAUGCAGUUAUUGUUCACGUGGAUAUGUUGAAUGCAUCAUUUUUCGGCCAUUACAUAUGUUAUAUCAAGGAUUUCCGUGGAAGUUGGUACAGGAUUGAUGAUUGUAAGGUGGUUAGUGUUGAUUUGGAUGAAGUGCUUUCGCAGGGAGCAUACAUGCUCUUAUAUAGCAGGAUCUACCCUCGACCAGCAUCCUUAUUUCCUCUUGAACUAUUAAAGAAAGAGGACCAGGAUACAGUUAAAGUGGAAGACAAGCCAGGUUCCACAGACCAACCUGUUGAAUGUCUUAGUGCAACAGUGUCUCCGGCUACAGUAGUUGAUUCUGUUUUACCGCCAGAUGUUAAUGGUUCAGAAGUUGAGAUCAUUGGGGCUAAAGUGGAGUUAUCCUCCUUAACCAACCCUGAGGACAGAGCAGAGCAUCAGGAGGUAGAUUUUGGGGCAAGUUCUCAUGUCCAGCAGGAGUUGCUGGAUGUUAAACUAUCUAGUGCAGCUACAGGAACUUCUUGCCUUGGAGUGGUAUCCAAUAGUUCCUUUGGUGCUAGUUCUUCGGCUGAAGUUGAGAAUCAGAAACGUGAAACAAAGUCCCCUGUUUCUGACAGUAAAGAUGAUGCUAAACCAUGCCAAAGAACCACCAAUGACUGUCUAUUGAGUUCUUUGUUUACCGAGGAUUCUGUAGCGACAAAUGGUGAUGUGCUGGAUGAUGCUUCAUCCUCUGCCUCAAGCUUAGGCGAUAUCUCCGACAAUGUUAAGUUACAAACUUCCACUCAACUGCCAGACAAAACUAACCAGAACAAAGAAUUUUCAUCUCACGGAAGCCACCCUGUGGUUCUGAAAUCAGGUGGAGGGAGUUCUUCUGGACCAAAGUUAAAGCCACUGUUUGCCCCUGGCUUCCUUGGGAAACGCCCUACGAACAGAUGUACCAAGAAAGAUGUCUCAUGGGAAGUUUGCCAGAAUAGCACCCUAAAUGGUCUGACAAAUGCCUGUGCCAAGCCUGAAUUGUCUUGUGAAAACGACAUUGAUAUGGAUGACCAAGAUACUAGUAUGGAAGACAAAUAUUUUGAGUCUAGUAAUGCUUCAGUUGGACAAGCUGCAAUUUCUCUUAAUGAGACUAAGAUGGCCGCCUGUAAAUCUGGGGAAUCAAGUCACCUUGAGAAUGGAGAUUGUGCUGUCCCGAUGGAAUGUGAUGGAGCACUGAUGUCACCAUUAGUGAUGAAAAGUCAUAGGUAGUGCAAGCAGUCAGCUGGUUUAGAUAAGGAAUCUCAUGGAUGAGCUGAACUAGAACCUCCAAUUGUCAAGGAAGAAGUUUGGAUAGCUUCUACAAGAACUUGGAGAAAAGAUAACUAGUGUCUAAAUUAGAUAUUAUGAACGUUUCCCAUUUAACAAAUAUUUAAGUUUUCAAGAGACCUAGCUCGUCACUGAGGAGGCAAUGGGUAGCUUUUUAUUUCGACAUUGUUACAGAGCUUCUUCAGAUGUUGACGAUAAACUGGAAAAUGUCAUGGUCCAGGAACCAGAUAUCAUUCAAUCAGGGGCUGAUAUGAGGUACUAGUACUAAUCUAUGGAUGUUUUGGCGAUCCAACUACAAUAGAGAUAGAGUAUAACCAAGUGGCAUAUUUUUAAUUGACAUUAUUGUUACUCCCCUCGUCACUAUAGAACGUACAGGGUAUUUUUUUCCAGGAUUUCAAUAUUUGAAGAAAUCUUGGACAAACUUGUAUCCUUUUUGGCUGGGUUCAUCUAGCAAGAAGGAACUGUCCGCAAUACAUUUGUGGUGUGGAUAGAAGUUCCAUUAAUUGGAUGCUAUUGCUGCCUAACCGCCUGUUGUAAAUGCUAAUUCUUUUGUUCUUAUAGUUCUUGUAACACUGGGUGCUGUAGUUUAGAAUGAUAAUUCUUGUUUACUUCUCAUUUA